CCACUACAGGCUGAGGUGGGCCCAUCAACCCCCUGAGAAUUUUGUACCUUCCCCUUCUCUGUUACUCUACUAGCUGUGUUUCCUAGUACUCUGCCAAUCUUCGUCUCAUUAAUUAAAUUUCCAAAAACUUCAAUUCAUCCAAAGCGAUGGAUAACUCUACUGUGGGCCACUUGAUUUUCAAUGGUGGUUGAAUUUUGGGUCAUGGGUCCACAUAUAUCUGAAUGGGACUUGAUUAUUGGGAUCCAUUGCUUUAAGCCUUUGAUCUAUAAAAAACAAGUGAAGCCAUCGAAAAAAAAAGACAUAACCAGGAGCCUUCCUGCAAUAUUGUUUGCAUACAAUGGCCAAGCUCUCGGUUCAUGAACCUCUUCUAUCGAAAGUAGAACCUGAGCAUGGAUAUUUAGAGAGAACCUCCACUUUCCUAAAUUUGGCUAAAUGGAUUCUAAAAUCUUCGAUGUGGGCAAUUUUCAUAAUCUGGGUUUGUGCUAUCUUUUUCUUUCCGACUGAAUUCGCAAAGAGUUUGUUGUCUAAAUGGACCAAAUUAACUGAAGGGCCAGUUUUUGGGAUCACAGGAAGUAUAUUUCUUGGAUUUGGCGCUCCAAUACUCAUUAUCGCAUUUCUGGCGUUUUUAUACAUAAUUGCUUUCCCAAGUGACAAUUUUGAGAAGAAGAAUACAAAAUUUCCAAGGUUUCGUCUGUGGACAUUUCCUGUCCUUGUUGACGGACCCUUUGGUGUUGUCUCAGCUGCAGAAUUGAUUGGAAUACUCCUGUUUUCUGCAUAUAUUGUUUGGAAUAUAAUUGCUUAUAUAAUACAAAGCCAUGACAUGCUAUCGGGUUUCUCCCUGCCUUCAAAAAUGAAAAGCAUUUUCAUGUUGGAAAUUAUCGGGCUAAGGUUGGGAUCAAUUGGAUUAUUCUGCAUGGUGUUUCUCUUUUUGCCAGUUGCAAGGGGGUCGGUUCUUCUUCGUUUGAUAGAUAUUCCAUUUGAGCAUGCUACCAGAUAUCAUGUUUGGCUUGGACAUCUUACGAUGGUUCUCUUCACAUUGCAUGGCUUGUUUUAUGUGAUCGCAUGGUCGUGGGAAGGCAAGCUCACUCGCGAACUUCUUGAAUGGAAAGAUAUCGGUGUUGCAAAUCUCCCGGGAGUUAUUAGCCUUGCAGCUGGUUUACUGAUGUGGGUGACAUCAUUUCACACGGUUAGAAAGAACUAUUUUGAGCUGUUCUUCUACACCCAUCAAUUGUAUAUCAUCUUCAUAGUGUUCUUAGCGCUCCAUGUCGGAGACUUCAUUUUCAGCAUGGCAGCCGGAGCCAUAUUUCUCUUCAUGCUCGACCGUUUUCUAAGAUUCUGUCAGUCACAGACUAAAGUCGACGUCAUUUCAGCAUCAUGCCGCCCUUGUGGAAGUGUGGAAUUGAUCCUCUCAAAGCCAAAGAAUCUAAGGUACAAUGCUCUCAGUUUUAUCUUUGUCCAAGUACGAGAAUUAUCUUGGCUACAGUGGCAUCCCUUCAGUGUCUCCUCCAGUCCUUUGGAGGGUAAAAACCAUAUAUCUGUUUUAAUAAAAGUACUAGGAGAAUGGACAGAAAAGCUAAGGAAUAUCACCUCAAAAUUCCCUGAGAAAACUCAGGAGGACUUCAAAUCUUGGAGGUUGACAGCUUCUGUUGAAGGGCCUUACGGGCAUGAAACACCCUACCAUUUGAUGUACGAAAAUCUCGUUCUUGUAGCUGGAGGCAUUGGAAUCUCACCGUUCUUGGCUGUAUUGAGCGACAUAAUGCAUCGAGUUAAGCAGAAGAAGCCUUGCUUACCAAAGAAUGUGUUGAUUGUAUGGGCUGUUAAAAAAUCUAAGGAACUCUCUCUUCUUUCAGCAGUCAAUGCACAAUCUCUUAGCUCUUCAGAUUUUGAUAAAAUGAAUCUUGAUAUCCAAACUUAUGUAACUCAAGAAUCCGAGCCUUCACUGGAAGAAGGUAAGAUCGAAGGGAACACCGACUCUUUCUUCUUCUCGGUGAUGAAUGGAAAUUCCAUGUCGUGUUUGGUUGGCACGGGGAAUAAUGUGUGGUCUGGAAUUUACUUUACUGUAUCUACUCUCGGCUUCAUUGCAUUGUUCGGUUUGAUGGAAGUUUAUUACAUACAACCUUACAAAAUAACUGCUUGGUGGUACAAGGGUCUCUUGUUCAUCAUAUCCAUGGUUAUGGGUGUUAUUAUACUUGGAGGUGUUACUAUAUUCUUCUGGAAUAAGUGGGAAAGAAGGAACUCAAGCUAUGAGAAAGGGACUGUUGAUGAUGAGAAGAGCAGCUUGUUGAAAGCUAAUAGGGCAAAUCUCGCAAGCUCGCAGACAAUUCGAUAUGGAUGUAGACCUGAUUUUGCAGAUAUAUUCAAUUCCUUUGCAGAGCAAGUUGGCCAUGCUAAUGUUGGCGUAAUUGUCUGUGGACCCCCUGGGCUUCAGACUAGCGUCGCAAGGGAGUGCAGAUUGCAGAAUAUGACUGCCAAGCGGAAUCGACCAGUCUUCCAUUUUAACAGCCACAGCUUCGAUCUUUAACACCUCAAAUACACACUGCGACAGACAGGCAAUAGUCUUCAGCCAAGCAAAUGCACAUCAAACGUACAUUAGCCCUACUCUAUCGUCGAAUCCGGCUGAAUAUAUGUGUGCAUCAGUGCAUGCAUAUCUAUUAGAGUUAUCAUGUUAAAACUACUUAUCGGAGUGUAGAUGUACUGGAAGGGUUUGCAAAGAGAUACUUAUUGGGUGUAAUGUAUCAUAACUAUAGUUUCAGAGUAUUUAUAGAAGAUGUAUUUUCCAAUGUAAAGUUCUGCUGGCCGUAUUGAAUAUGAGUGUAUAUACUUAAGUAGAGUUUUCAUCGAGAAAUCGAGCUAAUAUAAGUGUGGCUGAAGUGUUCACAGA